AUGUUGGGUCGUCCUGUGUCCUAUAGAACUCGAAGCUCUAGGCCAGAGAGCCUGGGAAAAAAUUCUUUACAUAUGAUUGCCAAUAUUUGUUUAACUAUAUUCGUAAUAGGAGCUCUAGUGGUCACUAUUAUAGCCGCUACUUAUGAACCAGAUGACCCAUUAUUCCAGUCUCCUACCAAGAUCACAACUUUCCUCACUUCCAUAUCAAAUUCUACGUUUCAAUCGAAUAAUACUGUCAUUAGAACCGGGGAGGAUUUAAUGGCUGCCAACCAGACUGCACUAGCCACUUUUGGCAGUGGUACUGAUGCAGCAGAAACCAAGGAGACGAAUUCGUAUGAAACUAGUUCAUCAGAAUGUGAGGUUGAUCCCAAAGAGCCACUUGAUUGUAAGGAUCCAGAAGUGUUUCAAUUGAUGAUGCAAAAGGCAAUUGAGCGUUUCAAGGAUAUACACUUUAACCGGUUCGGGAAGCCAACUCCUGGACCCGAGGGGAAUACUUGUGAUAUGGCCUGGAGGUUUAGGCCUAAGCAAGGGAAGGCAACUGGUUUUAAUAAGGACUAUAGGCGGUUUGUGAUCAAUAGAGAUAAUUGUACGCUUAGUGUGGUGAGCAUUGGGGAAUAUCAUUCGGGUGUGAAUGCAAGGAAGAAGAAGAAGAAGAAUAAGAAUAAAAUACCUGGAUAUGAGCCAGCGUCAGGUUUGCAGGACCAAGGUAGUUUCUCUUUGCCUGCUGCUGGGGAAAUGGUGAACGAUUCACUUCCGGUUGUCGAGUCCGAAAGGGAAUUUAUUCGUAGGAAGUACUUAAUUUAUGUGGGUGGUGCAGAUAGGUGCAAGAGCAUGAAGCAUUAUUUAUGGAGUUUCUUGUGCGCAUUGGGGGAAGCACAGUAUUUGAAGCGAACUCUGGUUAUGGAUAUGACCCUUUGUUUGUCUUCGGUAUACACUUCAUCGAACCUGGACGAGGAAGGGAAAGACUUCAGAUUCUACUUUGAUUUUGAGCAUCUGAAACAGGCAGCGUCAGUGUUGGAUCAAGAUCAAUUUUGGCAACUUUGGGAUAAAUGGCAAAGGAAAGAUAAAUUGAGUCUUUACGUUGCUGAAGAUUUCAGGGUAUCGCCGAAGAAGCUUAUUGAGGUGAAGCAUUCUUUGAUUAUGAGAAAGUUUGGAUUCGUAGAGCCGGAUAAUUACUGGUAUAGAGUUUGCGAAGGAGAGACAGGAUCUGUUGUUCAAAGGCCAUGGAAUCUGAUAAGGAAAUCAAGAAGGUUGAUGGAUUUAGUUGCAGCAAUUGGAUCAAAGUUGAACUGGGAUUAUGACUCUGUUCACAUCGUGAGAGGCGAGAAGGCGAGGAACCGGCACCUUUGGCCUAAUCUCGCCCAAGACACCUCGCCUGAUGCCCUUCUCUCGACCUUACAGAAUAAAAUUAAAGACGGAAGGGAUGUUUAUAUAGCAACAAAUGAACCUGAAACAUCCUUCUUUGAACCUUUGAAACACAAAUAUACCACUCAUUUUCUUAACGACUAUAAGGAACUUUGGGAUAAAAGCAGUGAGUGGUAUUCAGACACAGCAAAGCUUAACAAUGGAGCUCCUGUCGAAUUCGACGAUUACAUGAGGGCCUCUGUUGAUGCAGAACUUUUCUUGAGAGGGAAGAAACAAAUCGAAACAUUCAACGAUCUGACUAACGAUUGUAAAGAUGGUGUGAACACCUGCAAUACUGCAGCCAUUUAA